AUGGGGGGCACUACUCUCGUUGGACCUGACUCUUUGGAGUCGGCCUUCCAUGACCAUAUCAUGGACCAACUCCCGAAUCCAGAUCUUCUCCAUGAUGUUCAAGAAGUCACAGCCGGCGAUCUUGCCAAGGCACUCCGCAAACUCGCCAUUGACGAGCAGAUGCAGACAAUGUCUAUCAUCAACACCCCAUCGUUGGCUUUAGUUGCACAGGAUGCGCUCAGCAAGGGAUUUUCAGGCCAAGGUGACAUUGAGAAGGAUCUUGUCGUUUCCUCUCCCCGGAAGAAGGUUCGCAUUGGAACCUAUGAGACAGCUCACAUUCCCCUUGGCGAUUUUCGCCCUACGACCGAGCAGCACAUUUCAAUCGCUUCAAGUAGCCACAAUAAGGAAAUCGCUCCCUCAGACACAAAGGGCUCUUAUACCCGUGAACUCACACCUGAGCCAACUCAUGAGGGCGUUGGAUUGCCGACCACUCCCAGAAGUUGUGUACUCGCAACCAGUUCGCCUCAAGGAUCACCUAUGCGUCGACAUGGAGGUAUACCUUCGGGUUCGUCCCCUUCUCCCCUUCGUCCACAGAUGGGGGACAAUGUUCCAGGCUUCUCUGCUGGUGUUGGAACAUCUCAGCGUAAGGCUGCUCCUUCACGUCUGAAUCUCUCUCUUCCUGGUGCUGCACCGCGCAAGACCACGAAUGAUGCCACUCACUACGUGGCAGUGGCUUCUUACAUGGGAACUCACAAACCCAAUAUACCGGAGCUUCAAGCUCAGAUUGAUAAGUUUGAGAAUGCUCGAAAGACUCCGCUGGACAAGCGCACCAAGCUCCUCAAGGUGCCAAUCUAUAACCUCGAGUCCGACGAGCUGGAUGAUGAGUCUGUUCCUUUCAAGAUUCAGCGAAUUCCGCAAACACCGGCCUCUGCUCUGGUCAAGUCGUUCAAGAAGUUCACCUUGGCUACUCCUGCUACUGCUGCACUCAGCAAUGCCGCUCGCGCACGACACAUGGCGAUUGCACAGCGUGCUGAAUUUGAAGCCACUAAUCAGGUUGACCAGAACGAGGUAGGUGCCAUCGCAGGUCAGCUCAACCCUACCCAGCCCGAGUAUCGUCCUCGCCGGACCGAACAGAUUCUCGAAGCUCUUCAUAAUGGUAGAGGAAACACCCGAAGAUUGAGACAGCUCGCACUCGGUAUUCACAGCCGCAUUUCUCUUUCGGCCAAGUCGCCCCCUCCUGCCACUGGAUGCUACAAGCCUCCUUUUGAUGUGAUCACGGCCCUCUCACGCGUUCCGGAGCUCAUCAUGGCUGUCGCUGAGUACUUACCCCCUCGCGAUGUUCUGACGCUAUACUCGGUUUCCCUCCAGUUUCACGUCCAGAUGAACACGUAUCUACAGUCCACUGUAGUAAUGUUGAGCCGUCAAUGGGCCCCAAAUGCCAUUCAUGUGUUCAAGUGGGAUUCAGAUCCCACAUACAAACACCUUGCUAUUCGUGACCCUGUGGGUCGAGUGCUUGCAUCUCCUACCUCUGAAGAUGAGGAUAAUGCAUCCACGCGUCCUUUGCUCGGAAAAGUCAAGCGGGUGCCCAGCAUGAAAUACUACCAGAUGGUCGCCUUUCGUGACGAUGUCGUGAUUGACAUCCUCGCCCAUCUGGCUCGAUAUGGUUUGCGCUGCCCGCAGGGAGCCAAGGACUCAGUCUUGAAGUUGUGGAUGCUCAUGGACCAGCCGACCACCAAGCAGCGACAAGAGCUUCUCAUGAAGACCGAAGUCUUUACUGAUCAAGACCUGGUCAACUUGACCAUUUUCAUGACCAAGGUGAACUUUCGCCUCAGCGAUCCCAUCUAUGGACCCGAGUCCGCCGAUCUCUCCGAGCUCAUGUUUGGCCAGCGGUCUCUCUAUCCGCUCUGGCAGAUGCUCUUUGGUCAGAAUUACCGUGAUCUCCCGUCCCUGCUCCGUUGCAAGAUUCGGUACGAUCUUGGCCGCGAUUGGCGCCUGGGACAGGCCUACCUCGGGGCUGACGCUGACCCCGAUUACCUGCGACCCGACGGUCUUGGCCUGUUGGGAGUUCCGCCUAAUGAGAUCGGCCGCACUCAACUCGAACAUUGGGGCACCAAGGGUUCCAUGCAUCCAGCCUUGCAACGUCCAUCUGCUUGCAUCAUGGCUGAAGCUGCCCGCCGCGAUCUGCGUCUCGACCAACAUCUUAUGGGUCUCCUGCUCUGGGGACAUGUGGACCAUGAGACUGGACGAAACCUUGUGCCCAGCGAGGCCGAGAUCUGGAUGCGCGACUCUGACUACAAGAAUCGCGCCCUCGACACGCAUCUCGAAUUUGAGCCCUUCCACCUCCGACGUGCUCGCUGGGACGAGCUGGACGAACAUGACCGCAAGAAAAUCCUACUGGCACAACAAGUUCGCCAUGAGGCUGUCUACAAGUGGGACGAGCACCGCUUCGACGAUCCGGACCUUACAGAAGAGGAGAAUAUGGAGAUGAAUCGCGACAUGCAAGAGAAGCUCCUCAAGAAUGCUGGUGUUGACCGCGAGAACCCUGAUUUCAAAGUCGACAAGAACGGCAACGAGAUCCCGCGUCAAAGCACUGAUCCUGACAAAUUGGCAGCUGGCCCCAUCACAAGCAGUUUCAAUAAAGUGCAGGAAGAAUAUGAGCACGAUUUCGGAUACGAGUCCGACUCUAGUACCGAUAGUCCUACGGCCCAGUCGGCCAUUGGUGAUACUACCAAGCUCCAGUACGCCUGGAAGCCGUCUCCAGAGGAUCAUGAUAUGCAUGUCCCCUACGUAGCUGCAACAUCGCUCGGCUCUACAAGUCGGUCCCGAGAUGACGACCUCGACCAGAACUCGAAUCUAGACAACCAGACAGUUGAUGGCGAUGUCAGCUUUGAGGGAGACGAUGAGCCUGAUCGGGAAAUGGUGUGGCAGCAAUUCUUGGACUUGAGAGACACCGCGUUCGCUCCUUGGGCAAGCACUGAUGAUAAAGGCUCGUCCUAA